AUGAUAUAUUCUUGAAAAAUGCUUAUUCGCCGCAAAUUUUUGUUAAAGUUAUCAAUUUGCGUGUUAUAUAUAAUUGGUGUUUUGGUUAUCGCUAGGCGAAUAUUUUAUACGAAUAACAACUCUAGAAAUUAUAAAAACCAUCUUCCAUAUCCAAAAGAUGACAAUAAUUCUCAAAAAGAGAAGGAAGUCGAUAUCGCAUUACAGAGGUUGCAAAAUGAAAGGUAUGAACAACAGAUAUUGAAAUUGGAAUAUAAUGUUGUACUUGGGCUUGGUGAAAAUGGAAAGCCUGCUUAUUUGCAUGGAAAAGAUAAGAUUCAAGGUGAAGCAGCACUCGCAAAAAAGGCAUUGAAUGUUGUCCUUUCAGAUAAAAUAUCGUUAACUAGAAGAUUACCAGAUGUACGCAACACACUAUGUGUGAAUCUUACAUAUGAUACAUUAUUGCCAAGCACUAGUGUUAUAAUUAUCUUUUAUAAUGAACCAUGGAGUGUUCUAUUACGUACAGUACACAGUGUGUUAAAGGAUUCUCCGCCGCAUUUAUUAAAAGAAAUUAUUUUGGUCGACGAUCAUAGUGAAGAAGAAGAACUUCAGGGACAAUUGGAUUAUUAUCUUUCAACGCGUUUACCUGCAAAAGUGAAAUUACUAAGGUUACCAUACAGACAAGGAUUAAUACGUGCUCGUCUUUAUGGAGCUAGAAAUGCUAUAGGCGAUGUUCUUAUUUUUCUGGAUGCACAUUGUGAAGUUAUCAAAGACUGGUUACAACCAUUACUACAACGAAUAAAGUAUAAUAAGAAUGCUGUAUUAAUGCCAAUAAUUGAUAACAUUUCUGAGGAAACAUUUGAAUAUCUUCACGAUAAUGAAGCGUCUUUCUUUCAAGUUGGUGGAUUUACAUGGUCAGGUCAUUUUACAUGGAUAAAUAUCCAAAAACAUGAGAUUGAAUCGCGUUCCUCUCCGAUAUCACCAACUAGGUCUCCUACUAUGGCAGGUGGUUUGUUCGCUAUUGACAGAGAAUAUUUUUGGAAAAUUGGUAGUUACGACGAUAAGAUGGAUGGUUGGGGAGGUGAAAAUUUGGAGAUGUCUUUCAGAAUAUGGCAAUGUGGUGGUACAUUAGAAAUCAUUCCUUGUUCUCGAGUUGGUCAUAUAUUUCGAAAUUUUCAUCCAUAUAAAUUUCCAAAUGAUAAAGAUACCCAUGGGAUAAAUACUGCUCGUUUAGCAUUUGUGUGGAUGGAUGAAUACAGAAGAUUAUUUUUACUUCAUCGUAGUGAGUUUAAGGAUAAUCCAAAAAUCAUUGGAGAUAUAAGUGAACGUUUAAAAUUGCGUAAAAAACUCAAAUGUAAAAGUUUCAAAUGGUAUUUGGAUAAUAUUUAUCCAGAAAAAUUCAUUCCGGAUGAGAAUGCGAUAGCAUACGGUCGUAUUAGAUUACGCAGCAGACGAUUGUGUUUGGAUAAUCUGCAACAUGAAGAAGAUAAACCAUACAAUCUAGGUUUAUAUAGUUGUCAUACCAAGAUAUAUCCAAGUCAGUUUUUUUCAUUGAGUAAAUCUGGCGAAUUACGGAAAGAAGACAGUUGUGGAAAAAUAUUGCAUAUUAGUAGCUCAAAAUCAUACGCGCAAGUUCAAAUGAUUGAUUGUAAUAGCGAAAAAGGUGGAAAGAAAUGGGUAUUGUCAAAGGAUGGCAGAAUAAUACACGUAGAAACUGGUCUUUGUCUCGACGGUACUGAAUUACGUAGCGAUGAAAACGUGCAAGCUGCUCGCUGCACUAAUGUACCGGAUCAAUUUUGGAAAUUUGAUUUUUAUAGUAACAAGGUGCUAUCUAUAUGAUAUAUUAUUUAUAUCAUAAUAAAUAAAGACUACUCAU